AAUCAGACGGCCAAUUCAAACGCCAAAUUCUAAGUCAUCGGGAUCAAAGCGGGAUCAAGCCGGAAACCAAGAUGGUGGAGUUCGCCUUUGACAUAAAACAGCUCUUUCCGCAGCCGAUCAUCCGGGUCCAGGCGCACUCGCUGCGUCCCACGGUCACCCAACUGCGACAUCGCCCCCACCCGUUCAUCGCGAACCCGCAACGGGGCCACUCGACGAUGCCCAGCUGCCAGCUAAGCCAGAUCCUGGACGUCAUGGGUAAGCUGUCGGCGGAUGCGCAGGGUCUCCGCCAGCCAGUGACCACAGCCGACAAGCUGGCAUCCGACCAGGUGGUCUACCUUAUGGCGGACGACGCGGCGGGAUACUGGGCCAUCACCGGGCUGCUCAAGGUGGGCACCAAGGACCUAUUCCUCUUCGACCAGGAGGGCUGCUGUCGACGGGCCAAACAAACGCCAGCCAUUCUCGACUUCUAUGUGCACGAAAGCCGCCAGCGCUGUGGCCAGGGCAAGCUGCUCUUCCAGCGGAUGCUGGAGCAGCAGGGCUGGUCAGCAAGCAAGUGCUCCGUGGACCGACCGUCCAAGAAGCUGCUGGGCUUCAUGGCCAAGCACUACGGCCUUGUUCGCACCAUUCCGCAGGGCAACAACUUUGUGCUCUACGAGGGCUUCUUCGACGAUCCCAUGACCAAGUGCAACUCCAAUGCCGCCCGCGAGCUCCAGGCGGCCAGCCGCAUCCGUAGUCAGAGCCAGGGUCACUAUAUACGCCAUUCUCAUGACCAGACGCAGGUAAGCCGUGGACAGGCCAACAGGAACACCGUCCGAAACGGCGCGCAUUCCGGCCACUUCAGGCGGGACAUUCUUAACCAGGACUCCGUCCUGGGAGCAUCGUUGCCCACUCGCUGUGUUCAGGACUCCAGGGUCAGUAGAUCCGACCACUAGACCACCGAUCAUCACUGUCAUCACAAUCGUAGCUAGCACUCAGUUCGUUUUCAGCCGAAGCAUUCAUCGCACACAAAAUUGACAACGGUCUAAUACUUUGGUUUUGAGUUUUGAGU